AUGGCGAGCAGUAUGACUUCAUCAGCACUCAUUGAAAUAAAAAUUGAGCCAGAAUCAGACGAAAUCUCUCAACAGCCUCCAGUUGAGAUCGAAAUAAAACUGGAACCAGUCGAUCCGCCGGGCUUUGGAUAUCAAAUGUAUCCUGAGUCAAUCGGCGUUCCACCACAUGAACGGGCGGAGGUCAAAGCUGAAUCUGAAUCAGUAGACGCCGCACCAGCUGUGCCAAAAGUGGAACCACAGGCUGAAGAUAGGGAUAAUGUUGAAUUAAAAAAUGAAGAAUCAUGUGGAUCACAUCUGUUAGGAGUUGAAACAUUUAAUGUCUACGAUGUGAAAUUUGAGGUUGAUGGAGAUAAUCCCUUGCAUGCGGGACUUGAUGCAGAGAUGGCCGCCACUCCGGGGGAUGGUGUUAACAAAGAUGGCGCCUCGGGAGCUGACAAACAAAAACAAGCUGAGGGGGAAAUUAUCAUUAGUACAGCUCAUAAAGCCCACCAGUGUGACGUUUGUGAUCGACAGUUUCAGCGACUUGAAAACUUAAAACUUCAUUAUAGAACUCACACUGGCGAGAAACCCUUUCAAUGUGAAGUGUGUCGAAAGUUGUUUGGGCGCAGAGAUAAUUUAUUGAGGCAUAAAAUAUCUCACACUAGUGAGAAACCUUUUCAAUGUGAAAUGUGUGAGAAAAGGUUUAAAUCAAGAAGUGAUUUAUCGGCUCACAUGACCACCCACACCAGGGAAAAACCUUUUCAAUGUCAGCUGUGUCACAUGGCCUUUCCAUUUAAAAGUAAACUAUCAAUUCACAUGAGCACUCACUCUGGCGAGAAACCUUUUUUGUGUAACGUUUGUCAAAAAGCGUUUGGUCGAAGUGACUGUCUAUCAAGACACAUGAGAACUCACAUUGAGGAACCGUUUCUGUGUAACACAUGUCAAAGAACAUUUAAAUCAAGAAGGGAAUUGGUGAUUCACACGACUGUUCACACCGAUGGCGCCACGUCGCGAGCUGACAAACGGAAACUAGCGACCUCACGGAUCGCGCCAGGACUGCCCCGGUGUGACGUUUGUCAGCGACAGUUCAAGCGAAAUGAACACUUGAGAGCUCAUUACAGAACUCACACUGGCGAGAAACCUUUUCAGUGUGAAGUGUGUCAAAAGAUGUUUAGACAGAAAAACGUCUUAUUCUGUCACAGAGCUACUCACUCUGUAGACAAACCGUUUCAAUGUAAACUGUGUCCAAUGGCCUUUAAUUUAAGAAGCAAGUUGUCAGCUCACACGAACACUCACACUGGUGAGAAACCUUUUCAAUGUGACAUGUGUCAAAAAACCUACCGCCGAAAAGACCAUUUGUCGAGACACAUAAGAACUCACACUGAGAAAAAUUCUUUUCAGUGUCAAGUGUGUCAAAGGACGUUUGGAUUAAAAAGCCAUUUAUUAAAUCACUUAAGAAUUCACACCGGUGAAAAACCCUUUAAGUGUGAAGUGUGUCAAAAGGCGUUUAGUCGAAGAGACUCUCUGUCAAGUCAUAUAAGAAAUCACACUGGUGAGAAACCUUACCAAUGUAAAGUGUGUCUAAUGACCUUUUCAUUAAAUAGCAGAUUAUCAACUCACAUGAGUACUCACACUGGGGAGAAACCUUUUCAAUGUGAAGUAUGUCAAAAGGCGUUUAAAGAGAAAAGGAAAUUAUUAACUCACAUGAAUACUCACACAGGUGAGAAACCUUUUCAGUGUGAGACGUGUCUAAAAGCGUUUAGCCAGAAGGCGCAUUUAACAAAACACACUUGGAUUCACACUGGUGAGAAACCUUAUCAAUGUGAAAUAUGUCAAAGAGGGUUUACAUCAAGACGCGAUUUAUCAACUCAUACGAGAACUCACACUGGCGAGAAACCUUUUCGAUGUGGAGUUUGUCAAAAAGCGUUUAGCCGAAGAGAUCAUUUGUCAAGACACUCGCGAUCGCACACUGGUGAGAAACCGUUCCAGUGCGAAGUGUGCCAAAAGUCAUUUUCAGAAAGGAGUAAAUUAUUGACUCACAAAAUAACUCACACCGGGGUGAAAUCUUUCCAAUGUGACAUGUGUCAGAAGGCGUAUACUCAUAAAUUUAAUUUGAUAAAACACGUCAGAACUCACGCUUGUGAGAAACCUUAAGUUUCAAACAAAAUACUAUUGUUACGUAAGAUUUUGGUUCUAGCUCACGCGGCCCCCUGGAUGGAAUCACAUUUUACAUACACAACUUACUAAUAAAUCAAUUAAACAAUAGUCUGAAA